CUAGCUUCUCUCCCCUCUCUCUCCCUCCUCUCCCGCUCCCUCGCCAUGGCAUCGUCCUCCUCCCUCCUCUUCCUCCUCCUCCGCAAGGAUCGCUCCGCCGCGCUCGGCCCCCGCCGCCUCCUCCUCCUCCCCCUCCUCUCCCAAUCCCGAUCCAUGGGCGGCGGCCCCCGCACCUUCCCAGGGGGCCUCAACAAGUGGCAGUACAAGCGCAUGCACGAGAAGCUCGCGCGCGAGAAGGAGCGCAAGCUCCUCCAGCAGGAGAAGCAGCUCUACCUCGCUCGCCUCCGCUCCGAGAUCCGCGCCAAGCUCGCCGGCGCCGCCGACUCCCCCGACCCCUCCACCUCGGCGUUCGCGCCCAUGUCGUCAAAGGACCACAUCAAAGCCCUAGCCGAUCGGUUCAUGAAGGGCGGGGCCGAGGACCUCUGGAACGAGGACGAUGGCCCCCUGAAAUCGCCCUCUCCCAGGGGGAUACUCGCGAAGGAUCGCGCACGUGUAAAGAAGCCGUUUCUGGCCUCGUUUGAUCAGAAGAGGCCGUAUUCAGCGGUCGCUAGUAGGGAGAUGAGGCCAAGGUCACAACCAAGGUGGAGGCGGAAUUCGUCGAGUGAAGAGGAUUCUGACGUGGAUUGUAGCUUUGAGGGGGACACAGUGACGAAAAGGGAUUCUUCACGAUUUCUAAAAUUCGGUAGUCGUAACGAAGAGGAAGAUGAUAAAGAAUCUGAUUUCGGAGGGAGAGGUAGUCCGAGGAAGAAGAUGUUGAGUAGUGCUGCUCUCAGGAAUUGUGAUGCAAAGAAGGAAAGGAGGGUGCUGAGGUCUUUGGACGACACUAAUGAUGUUUCAAGUAAAUUUUGUGAACUUCGUGAUGAGUUGAAGAAGAAGAGGGAGCUAAUGGGUAGUCAGAAAUGGCAGAAUGAGGCAAAGGAGGAAUGUGUACUUACGAAGAAAAGAUUUGAUGAGUGCGGCAUCUCUCCUCUGACGGUCACGGCACUUGCUGACGCUGGAUAUGUGAGAACUACUGUUGUACAAGAGGCUGCUCUUCCUGUCUGUCUUGAGGGUAAAGACGUUCUUGUGAAAGCUAAAACAGGAACUGGCAAGAGUGCUGCUUUUCUGCUUCCUGCAAUUGAAGCAGUCCUCAAGGCAACAUGCAACAAUACAAAUCAACGUGUGUCUCCCAUCAUUGCUCUAAUUGUUUGCCCAACAAGGGAGCUCGCCAUCCAGGUCGCUGCUGAGGCGAAUGUCUUGUUGAAGUACCAUGAGGGAAUUGGUGUUCAAUCACUUGUUGGGGGAACAAGGUUCAAGCUUGACCUGAAACGUCUAGAAUCAAAUCCUUGUCAGAUUUUGGUUGCAACACCUGGCAGAUUGUUGGACCACAUUGAGAACAAAUCCGGAUUCUCUGUCCGCUUAAUGGGUUUGAAAUUGCUUAUUUUGGAUGAAGCUGAUCACUUGCUAGAUUUGGGUUUUCGGAAAGACAUUGAGAAGAUUGUUGAUAGCUUGCCACGCCAUAGACAGUCCUUGAUGUUCUCAGCUACAAUGCCUAAGGAGGUUCGCCGGGUUUCACAGCUUGUGUUGAAAAGGGAUCAUGUCUUUGUUGACACUGUUGGUUUGGGAGGUCUUGAAACUCCUGCUAAGAUUCUGCAGUCGUAUCUUGUUGUGCCACAUGAGCUGCAUUUUCAUCUGGUUCAUCACAUUCUCCAGGAACACAUCAUGCAAGAAGUUGACUAUAAGGUAAUUGUUUUCUGCACAACAGCUAUGGUGACGGAAUUUAUGUUUAUCAUGCUCCGAGAGUUGAAGAUGAACGUUAGAGAAAUUCACUCUCGAAAGCCUCAACUUUAUCGAACUCGUAUAUCUGAUGAAUUUCGGGAAUCCAAACGCUUGAUUCUCGUAACGUCAGAUGUUUCGGCUCGUGGAAUGAAUUAUCCUGAUGUUACCCUGGUUGUUCAGGUUGGCAUUCCUUCUGAUCGUGAACAAUACAUACAUCGGCUUGGCAGGACGGGACGCGACGGCAAAUAUGGAAAAGGAAUUUUGUUGCUCGCCCCAUGGGAACAAUAUUUCUUGGAUGAGAUUAAAGACCUCCCAUUAGAGAAGUCUCAACCUCGAGAACUCGAUCCAUACAUGAAGCAGAAGGUCGAAGAUUCAAUCGGGAAAGUCGACACGAGUAUAAAGGAAGCGGCGUACCAUGCGUGGCUCGGCUACUACAACUCGAUGAGCGAGAUAGGGAGAGACAAAACUACGCUCGCAGAAUUGGCCAACAGGUUUUGUCACUCUAUUGGUUUAGAGAAGCCGCCAGCUCUUUAUCGGAAAACAGCUCUGAAAAUGGGAUUGAAGGACAUUCCUGGUAUAAGAAUACGGAAGUGAAUGUGUUAUUUUGUCAAUGUAACUCACUUUUUUUAUAUACCAUAUAUGUUGCGAAAGUAUCCAAAAGUAGUGGCAUCUUGAUUGUUUUGUACUAAUGGUGCUAAAUUUAUACAUCUUUUAAAGCAUUUUUGAUGUCUUUAUACUUACGUGGAGGUAUUUGAUUGAUUA